CGGGCCGCGGGCACCAUGCGCAGGUCCAGCACGGACGAGUCCACCUACCACCGGAGCCCGUCCCUGGACAGCAAGGACUUGGGCUUCGCGCCGGGCGCCUUCCGCCGCUACAGCGGCCUCUACGGGACCGGGGCCGGCCCGGGGCCCGGAACUGGGGGCCAGGACAGUGGUUCCUCCUUCUUCGGCUUCCACAGCAACCCCGGCCCCAAAGCCACCAAGGCCAAAUACACGUCUCCCAAGGGUAACAAAUACGUCGUGUUUUACCUGGAUCUCUCCUUCAUCUUCCUCCUAGAGCUGCGGCGCUGCGGCAUGGCGCACACCUGCCUCCAGGGCGUCAAGUACCUCAUGUUUGUCUUCAACCUUCUCUUCUGGCUUGGAGGAUGCGGGAUUCUCGGUGUGGGCAUCUGGUUGGCUGUGACGCAGGGCAACUUCGCCACCCUCUCACCCUCCUUCCCUUCGCUCUCAGCGGCCAACCUGCUCAUCGUCACGGGCACCUUCGUCAUGGUCAUAGGCUUUGUGGGGUGCAUCGGAGCCAUCAAAGAAAACAAAUGUUUGCUUCUCAGUUUCUUCAUCAUGCUGUUAAUUGUGUUCCUGCUGGAGCUCAUGGUAGCCAUCCUCUUCUUCGUCUACACAGACCAGAUUGAUACGUACGCGCAGCGGGACCUGAAGAAGGGGCUACAUCUGUACGGAGCCGAGGGGAACAUCGGCCUCACCAACGCUUGGAGCAUCAUCCAGACUGACUUCCGGUGCUGUGGGGUCUCCAAUUACACAGACUGGUUUGAGGUGUACAACAGCACUAGGGUGCCAGACUCGUGCUGCCUGGAAUUCAGCGAGAGCUGCGGGCUCCAUUCUCCAGGCACUUGGUGGAAAGCACCCUGUUAUGAGACGGUGAAGAUCUGGCUUCAGGAAAACCUCCUGGCUGUGGGGAUCUUUGGACUGUGCACGGCUCUGGUCCAGAUUCUCGGCCUGACCUUUGCCAUGACCAUGUACUGCCAAGUGGUGAAAGCAGACACGUACUGUGCAUAGAGUCCUGCCCACAGCCCACUCCGCCCCCCUGCUUCUCUUCCAAAGGACACGGGAACCAUUUCCUUCAUGUUCAUUCACCCCGAUCCGUUACCCUUGUAAACGGCUUCACCCUGGGAGGCGAUGGAGCACCUUGAACCCGAGGAAGCAGAGAACGAGAGCCCCAAGGUCGAGAGCGUGCCUGGGCUCCCGGGUGCCUGCUGGCGCGAGGGCAGCCUUGGACCCGGGCGGCCCCCGCUCCGUGCUUCCGGGGUUUCUGUCCUGAAGCGCCAGGCUGUCGUACUGUCUGUGGGUCUGUCUGUCCUGGGAAUGGAGAGGGAACUGGGGUAGCCCUGGGGGCGGGGCUCGUUUGCCUCCUUCAGAGCCCAACUUAGGAGGCCUUCCCUUCCAAGUAGUGUUUUCAUUAUCUGGUGUGGUGCUCCCCAGAUCAGGCCAGGACUAGUAGGACGGGAUGGACCAGACCCCACCGGGUCAGGGGAAGAAGAGCAUCCACUCCCCUGGCCGCCCCUCCUGGCCUUGGGGACCCUUCUUUAUGCUCCUUCUGCUGGUUGGUGAGUCCUGCUGUGAACCCCUGGAUCCUCCCAUUAACAUUCCAGGCUGGACUCCAGGCUGGACGCGGCCCUCAGGGAGAUUGUUUCCCCCUGCAGACCUGGGAAGCCACUUUGUGUUUGCAGAUGUGUCUUGACUUCAGUAAACCGUUGUGAGUGCACAGCA